GGACAUGACAACCAUAGUAAAUUUUUCUCUGUCUGUAACUAGCCAAAAAAAUAAAUAUUUUGAUUUUCUUGCAACAAAAUGAAAGGGAAGUUAUUUGAAAAGCUGUAAAAUAUUAAAACAACGGAUUACAAUUUAUGCGGGAGAUUAUUUAAGUUAAAUUAAUUUUUUUAUUGAGGAAGAUAUGUGAGAGAAUAAUUACCUGAAAAUGGCUAAAAUUUUAUCUCAAAUGAGAUAUUUGACUCCUUAUGAUAUCCACAAGAUGUUAAUAAAUGACUACAUACUAAAGAGACCUGGAGAUACAUCACUUUUAAAAAGGGAUAGCUCAAAAGAUAAAAACGAUUACCAUGUUAUAGCUGAAAAUCACAAAUUUUUAUGGGAAGAAGACGACCCCACAGACACUUGGGAACAGCAGUUUGCCAAACGAUAUUACAACAAACUAUUUAAGGAGUACUGUAUUGGGGACCUCAGUAGAUACAAAGAAAAUAAGGUAAAAUAUUGAAUAUGUAGUGUAAUAUAUGUUUACUAACUAAUGAGAGUUUGCAAGAUUGCCUUGAGAUGGAGGAUAGAAAAAGAAGUCAUUUCAGGCAAAGGCCAGUUCAUAUGUGGAAACAAGAAAUGCAUUGAGGAAGCGGAUUUGAGAACUUGGGAAGUAAAUUUUGGAUAUAUGGAACAUGGGGAAAAGAAGAAUGCUUUAGUAAAAAUAAGACUGUGUGUUGAUUGUUCCAAAAAAUUAAACUAUCAUAGCAAAAAGAAGGAAGUAAAAAGGUUAAACAGGAAAAAGUAUUUACCUAAAAUAAACAAAUUGCAGGAUGCAAGUACUUCCAGUGGUACUGUAGAAAUUAUCGAGCCAAUAGAAGGUACUGAUAUUGAAACAGUAGUAGAUUCUACAGCUGCUGAUGAGUCCCCUUGGGAAAAUCACAAGCCUGUAGAACAAAAAUCAAGAGAAGAAGAAAUGGAAGAAUAUUUGCAAGAUUUACUUUUAUAAUACACAUUAGUUAAAAAUAAAAUAAUAAUAUGGGC